AUGAAUGACCCUAAGAAGAAGGCCGCCGCCGAAUUGGCCGCCAAAAAUCUCCAACAACUUCAGAAAAUCGACAUUGCUGCAAGCAAAAUUCUCGAUAAGAUGCCAUUCACGGUGAAGAAGGAGUGGCGGAAUGCCGAUUGCGAAGGAACUCUCUUCGUCUAUCAACGGGCCGAUCGGCCAUAUUUCAGUUUCCUCAUUGCCAAUCGCAACGACCCCACCGACUUCAUCGAGCCGCUAACGUCAAACCAUAUUCUCCGUCUUGAAGGGAAUUUCAUCUAUUUCCAAAAGGACAAAUCACCAAUCCAAGCACUGUGGUUCCACGAGGCGACCGACACCCAACGCAUCUAUAAUUUGUUGCAAAAACUAGUGGAUACGCUGAAAGCGAGCACCACAGAGCAGGCGAGAGCCGCAAGUGCUGCGGGCGGAGCAGCGACUAAGGCUUCAGCUCCAGUGCCAACUAGUGCACCGGCCUCUUCAAAGACAAUCGAUCUGCUUCAAAUGAUCAAAAGUGCGCAGAGCCAGAGCAACAGCGUCAACGUCACGCCAGCCAUCACCACUCCGGUGACCACACCGGCAGAGCAAAUGUUUCAAAAGUUGCUUCAAGAUUUCAAGGAGCCUGGCACUGCAAUGUCGGCCGAUGAGCUCGAAAAAGAUCUUCUAAAAACGGCGAAACCGCAUGGAAAUCAUCUGCUUCAAAUGACCAAAAGUGCGCAGAGCCAGAGCAACAGCGUCAACGUCACGCCAGCCAUCACCACUCCGGUGACCACACCGGCAGAGCAACUGUUUCGAAAGUUGCUUCAAGAUUUCAAGGAGCCUGGCACUGCAAUGUCGGCCGAUGAGCUCGAAAAAGAUCUUCUAAAAACGGCGAAACCGCAUGGAAAUCAUCUGCUUCAAAUGACCAAAAGUGCGCAGAGCCAGAGCAACAGCGUCAACGUCACGCCAGCCAUCACCACUCCGGUGACCACACCGGCAGAGCAACUGUUUCGAAAGUUGCUUCAAGAUUUCAAGGAGCCUGGCACUGCAAUGUCGGCCGAUGAGCUCGAAAAAGAUCUUCUAAAAACGGCGAAACCGCAUGGAAAUCAUCUGCUUCAAAUGACCAAAAGUGCGCAGAGCCAGAGCAACAGCGUCAACGUCACGCCAGCCAUCACCACUCCGGUGACCACACCGGCAGAGCAACUGUUUCGAAAGUUGCUUCAAGAUUUCAAGGAGCCUGGCACUGCAAUGUCGGCCGAUGAGCUCGAAAAAGAUCUUCUAAAAACGGCGAAACCGCAUGGAAAUCAUCUGCUUCAAAUGACCAAAAGUGCGCAGAGCCAGAGCAACAGCGUCAACGUCACGCCAGCCAUCACCACUCCGGUGACCACACCGGCAGAGCAACUGUUUCGAAAGUUGCUUCAAGAUUUCAAGGAGCCUGGCACUGCAAUGUCGGCCGAUGAGCUCGAAAAAGAUCUUCUAAAAACGGCGAAACCGCAUGGAAAUCAUCUGCUUCAAAUGACCAAAAGUGCGCAGAGCCAGAGCAACAGCGUCAACGUCACGCCAGCCAUCACCACUCCGGUGACCACACCGGCAGAGCAACUGUUUCGAAAGUUGCUUCAAGAUUUCAAGGAGCCUGGCACUGCAAUGUCGGCCGAUGAGCUCGAAAAAGAUCUUCUAAAAACGGCGAAACCGCAUGGAAAUCAUCUGCUUCAAAUGACCAAAAGUGCGCAGAGCCAGAGCAACAGCGUCAACGUCACGCCAGCCAUCACCACUCCGGUGACCACACCGGCAGAGCAACUGUUUCGAAAGUUGCUUCAAGAUUUCAAGGAGCCUGGCACUGCAAUGUCGGCCGAUGAGCUCGAAAAAGAUCUUCUAAAAACGGCGAAACCGCAUGGAAAUCAUCUGCUUCAAAUGACCAAAAGUGCGCAGAGCCAGAGCAACAGCGUCAACGUCACGCCAGCCAUCACCACUCCGGUGACCACACCGGCAGAGCAACUGUUUCGAAAGUUGCUUCAAGAUUUCAAGGAGCCUGGCACUGCAAUGUCGGCCGAUGAGCUCGAAAAAGAUCUUCUAAAAACGGCGAAACCGCAUGGAAAUCAUCUGCUUCAAAUGACCAAAAGUGCGCAGAGCCAGAGCAACAGCGUCAACGUCACGCCAGCCAUCACCACUCCGGUGACCACACCGGCAGAGCAACUGUUUCGAAAGUUGCUUCAAGAUUUCAAGGAGCCUGGCACUGCAAUGUCGGCCGAUGAGCUCGAAAAAGAUCUUCUAAAAACGGCGAAACCGCAUGGAAAUCAUCUGCUUCAAAUGACCAAAAGUGCGCAGAGCCAGAGCAACAGCGUCAACGUCACGCCAGCCAUCACCACUCCGGUGACCACACCGGCAGAGCAACUGUUUCGAAAGUUGCUUCAAGAUUUCAAGGAGCCUGGCACUGCAAUGUCGGCCGAUGAGCUCGAAAAAGAUCUUCUAAAAACGGCGAAACCGCAUGGAAAUCAUCUGCUUCAAAUGACCAAAAGUGCGCAGAGCCAGAGCAACAGCGUCAACGUCACGCCAGCCAUCACCACUCCGGUGACCACACCGGCAGAGCAACUGUUUCGAAAGUUGCUUCAAGAUUUCAAGGAGCCUGGCACUGCAAUGUCGGCCGAUGAGCUCGAAAAAGAUCUUCUAAAAACGGCGAAACCGCAUGGAAAUCAUCUGCUUCAAAUGACCAAAAGUGCGCAGAGCCAGAGCAACAGCGUCAACGUCACGCCAGCCAUCACCACUCCGGUGACCACACCGGCAGAGCAACUGUUUCGAAAGUUGCUUCAAGAUUUCAAGGAGCCUGGCACUGCAAUGUCGGCCGAUGAGCUCGAAAAAGAUAUUCUGAAAACGGCGAAACCGCAUCGAAAUCAUCUGCUUCAAGACUUUGCAAACUCGCCAUCUGCAAUUUCGUUGGCGGCGAUCUCGACGAGAUCAGUGCAUGGAUCGGAAGGAGAUCAGGAUGUUGACGUGGCUGAGGGAGAGGUUCUGGAACCACUGGACACUUCGUUCGUUGUGGGAUCCGGGGGUCAGACACCCGUGCUGAAUAAGGAACAGUUCAUCUCGGCGAUCGCCCAUCUAAUGCAAAACGACGACGAAUUCGUUGCCCAAAUCCAUCAGGCCUACAUCGGCGCUCUCAAUCGUCGUCUCAAUAUCGAUUAA